AUGGACUAUUUACUCCAUCUAGUAGUACAUAGGUAUCUAAAUGCAGGUUUCAGAGUUUCUCUGAUGAAAAGAAAAAAAAGAAAACAAAAAAAAAAAAAACAACAAAACCAUAAAUAGCUAACGUUUCUGGUUGAAAGUUAAUUUAGAUUCAUCCUGUGGUUUUAAAGCUUCAUUUGUUUUUCAAUGUAAAAAGCAGCGUGUAGUGUUGUGUUGCGCGGACGUCGUCGAGCUUGGAACCGGACUUUGGAUGUGUAGAGGAUUCGUUGAGCAUGGAAAAUUCCAUCGCCAAGCUCAAAAAUGACAAGUCCCCGUUUCCGAGUGUUAUGGAAAAGUAUUCGCGGCUUCAAAACGAAAGGACACGAUCUGACAAUGCCUACAAGGAUGUCAGAUUAUCUGUCAACCUGUUGGAAAGAUUUGUUCAUGGAGAAUCCCUAAACCAAGUAGUUAUCACACUGUACCCAGGCAAUGAAGGCUAUACACUAGCCUUGAAGAUACAUAAUACUUUGGAGAAUGAAACUGCACGAAUUCCUUAUGAAGAAGAUGAACUCCUAAAAUGUAUAGAAAGCCAACAGCUUCCACCUGUCUUAGUUGAGCUUCUUGAGGAGGCAGAAGCUGAUGUUUUCUAUGAAGGUUGUGUAUUUGUAGAAGUGAAAGACCUUCGAAAUGGUUCGAAGCACUCUUGGAAUGUACUACUUAAGCCUUCCCCACAGACUAUUUUAGCUGAUGCACAACAGAUUUGCCAAGAACAAGGAUGGGGUUCGGAAGAGUUGAUUCAGCUAGAAAGCAUCCUUUGCAUGGCCAUGGCUGAACCUUUAUGUUUGAAUCCUAAUCCUUCAAUAGGAGAAUUGGCUGUGAACAGAGACAGCACAUCUAAGCAAUUACAUAGUACAGCCUUACGUCGCAAUAGAAGGAGAUGGUGUGAGGGAAGGAAGCGGAAACAGAUCGAGAGCAGCCCAAGUUCUAGUAACGAUUUUAAACUUCACGAUUUUCUCAAAAAGAAAUCUCUGCUGGGACGAGGCAUACCACCAAUACUUCAGCAGCCACAAGGAGAUAAAAACGGCAUGCCGUCGUCGUCCUCCUCAACUCCUUCCGUCCAACUGGAUGUUUCGGAUGUUUUAAGAUUAGCGAAACCUCUGGAACGACCCAAAGAAACUGGCGAUUGUUCCAUGAUACCAUGUGAAGAGUACCUGUACGAGACGGACCGGGUUAAUGGCCGUGUAUACCUAGUGCGUCUUACAAUUCUCCAACGACCGGCCAUCGAAGAAUUCCUCGGCCAGCUCUAUGUCGACCGCGAUUUCCGUGACGGGAAAUUGACAGGCGGCGCAUCUUGCAUGUUCACCUUGGGUUCACGGAUACACGUCAACCGUUACAUCCAGCAAUUUACGGAGAUCUUUACGGAGGAAGGCCGUAAAUCGGUCAAAAUUACUCAUCAAGUUCAAGGUCACCCACCUAGAGUCAUGUACACACACAGCAUGCGGGAAAAGGAACGACUUCGAGAAAAAGAAGAAAAACAGCAGCAGCAGCAACAACAACAGCAGCAACAACAGCUUCAACAACAGCAAUCUACAGUCGUCCAACAAUUACCUGUCAAUAAAGAUGCAACGGAGACUCAGCCAGCGAACACAGCGCCAGUUCCGAACAAGACGGAGAACCACCAAACCUCGGGCACCAUUACCAAAACGGCCUUACUAGAAAGUCUCAAGUCUGGCCAGGUCUCACCAGCCAUAGCUACGUUAGUUUCAACCCUCCUUUCUUCGAAUCCGCAGCAACAGCAGCAGCAACAACAACAACAAAUAAGGCCUGCUGGUGCAGCAGCAGUUGGCCUCAAUGCCAAUGUUGUGAUGGCCAACGGUCAUCACCCUCAGGUCCAGCAUCACCAGCAACAGAGUUUGCUUAGAACCCCGGCUGCUGUAAGACCUGUAACAGCCGUGACAGUGGCGUCUGGGCCCGCUGGAUCGGGACCCAGUGUCCAGCUGGUUACCCAGUCAUUUAGCCUACAGCAAGGCCAGCAACCGCAUUUGAGGCCCAAUACUAAUGUGCGUCCCACCGCAUUAGCCGCCCUCCUGACAAAUUCAAAAGUGACGACAUUACCUCCUAACAUAUCGCCAGGAAAGGGGAAAUUCGUGGCUAUUGAUGGUAGCGCUAACGGUUCGGCUGGCGCUAGCAGCGGGAAUACUAUUUUAAUGGGUCAAAUUAUCCGACCGAUCGCCAGCGGAGGGGCAACUCCUGUUUUACCUUCGUACAGCCAAGCCAUUGGUCAGACGACUGCCGGUGCGACGGUUGUCCGAACUAUCCGGCCUGCUAUCCCCCCGUCAACAGCUGGGGUAGUAAGGCGUACCACGGAAGCCGUCUUAGUAAAUGGAUCAGGGGGUACGCAGAGGUUUAGUUUGACUGUACCUGCCCUUUCGGCAUUACUAGCAGGAACGCCUUCGGCCGAUAGUCCCGGUGCUAAUAAUGUGGCUACUAGCCAGAAUUCCCCCACCCUGCUUGAACGACUGCAACAACAGUCUUCGCCCAGUAAACCGAUCGCUAAUGCCUUAAAUAAUAAUCAUCAUCAUCACCAGUUGCACGCCAUCAAGCCCGGGCUAAACACGAGCAAUAACAACCUUAACGUGCAAAGUAUUAACCUGACAGGAGUGCAAGGAGCAGUUGCAAACCUCCCCACUCUACAAAGCAUACAGGUCUCAAUUCCAGGAUUGGCCGUCCCACUCUCACUCUCUCUAGCUGUUAGUUCCAGUUCCGGUACGGCGGGAAGUACAACUGUGACAACGGCUGGGACGCUGGGAAAUGUCAGACUGACGACAACUGGCAGUCUCGCUGGCACUGGCCAACCUAUCAGCAUCCCACUUUCCGUCCUCCAGCAGGUGCUCAACCGCUCAAUUCCGAACACUAGUGGAACCACGGGUGUACAACUAAUGAGCAGCGUUGCUAACAAGGAUGGAACUCAACCUCUUAAGGUUGCAGUCACAACUGGUGCUAGCGUGGCUCAACUGUCUUCCGGUGGACAAAGCUCAGGGUCCUUAUUAGCCCAUCAGCAGUUGCAAAUGGCUCUACAACGCCAAGUGCAGGUGCAAUUGCAGCAAAAAAUGGCCGCCAAACAGAAGAGUAAACCGCCUAACAGCUAACCCUGCGCCCCUUGUUUGGCAGCUUGCCUUCCGCUCCUCUUCUGUUUAUUUUUUUUUUCUCUUUGGUCUUUCCCUUGGUCCAUCUUUGUUUUUCUUCCUGACAGUUUGACCACUUUUGCUCGUUCGCAAUGAUAAAAUCCCGGUCGUGCCGUAACCGGAUAAAGAAACCGUCACAUAAAGAAAAAAUGCUCCUUA